AACAAAAGUUCCUUGCAGCCUUCGUUACUUGCUUCUGCACUUGCAUUGCGCCUUCCAGUAGUUCCGCCGGCCGGGAUUUCAUCCACUUCAUAAUUUCUUGCCGCCUUCGUUUUCAACCUUGUCGUCUUCUCACCAAGCCCAAGCCACCACCUCGGACUCUGCUUACCCCACGUUAAACAGACCGGACUCGUUGCUUUACGCCUUGCAGGGCAUACUCCCAUACGAAGUCACCGUUGGACAAUCAUUCUUCCUCAGUCAGGACUCGACUUCUACUCAAGGUCACCGUUCUCUUUAAGAAGUUUCAACCACCCAUCCACAAGAGCAUCCCUCAACCCAACCACCAUGCCUUACUCAGCAAACCUCGUCGCCGAGAGCAAAAUGGCGCUGGAUUCAUUUGUCCAGCAACCCGUAUCUCAGGAUAUGAUUUCCUAUCUCUCCCAAAAGGCCACACAAGUCAUCCGCUGCGAGCCAUCGUCACACCUCAACAAGAACCUGCCGCCAACACCACCUGCCUCGCCACCCCAACACGCUGCACGUGAGGCGUCUGAGCCGCCGAUGCCAUCUAUCGAGGAGUUCAUCACGUCCCUGGUGGAGAGGUCACAUGUCCAGGUCCCCACCCUCAUGUCUUCUCUUGUCUACCUCAGCCGGUUACGGUCGCGCCUUCCCCCUGUCGCCAAGGGCAUGCGCUGCACUGUUCACAGGAUCUUCCUUGCCUCUCUCAUUCUUGCGGCCAAGAACCUCAACGACUCUUCGCCCAAGAACAAGCACUGGGCUAGGUACAGUGCUGUCCGCGGCUACGAGAACUUUGGUUUCUCCAUCACCGAAGUCAACCUCAUGGAGAAGCAGUUGCUCUUCCUCCUGGACUGGGACCUUCGUAUCAACCCCGAGGAUCUUUACUACCACUUCGAGCCCUUCCUAGCGCCCAUUCGUGUCCAGCAGUCCCGCCAGGCUGAGAAGGCCAGGCUUGCCAAGAAGGAGAAGGAGUUUGCCUACCAGCUCACCGCCGAGAACCUCUCCCGGUCUCGUAUCGAGGUCCAGCCUUAUGCAUCCACUGCCUCGUUCUCAUCGUACGCCGCUCGCCCACAAAGGCACCGUGCACACCACGCUGCAUCAUCGCGCGCUCCGUCGCGUACACCAUCGCUAUCACCACCUACCCGAAGCUCCUCUGUCUCCACUUCCUCCGACUCGCCCAACAGCUUCACUGAUGAGCCCUCGGAGGCUAUUCUCCAGCGCUACGACGCCGACCAGGGUGCCAACAUUGUAUAUAUCAACGGCCCAGUCUCGCAGACGAAGCUACAGCACUCGCUCCCACUCUACGACACCCAACCUUCCAAGAAGGCAAAGACGUCUGGUGGUUUCUUCAAUAGGAUGUUUGGCCAAACCGGCACAUAUGCUGGACGCCAGCAAACCUAUUAAUGCACUCGCU